AAAAAUUUGGCAGUAAUUUCACCUCUAGUGUACUCUCUGCGACCAGUCUGUUGACGCCAUUAUAAAUCUAUGAUGGCGACGAGGAUUUGAGAACGCGCCUUACAGGGGCGCCUAAUCGCAAUCGACAACAGUCAGUGACGUUUCCAGUUGUACACGUGCGCAGAAGUUAAUUAAUGGAUUAAACGUGACGAGAAAAGGUGGAAGACCGAGAGCGUUGUGAUGUCCUGCAACGGGAAUCAGUUUUCUGGAGGGGAAUCGAUCAAUGUGAACUCGAAUUGUAGAAGAAAGACGAGAUCGUAGACGAUAAGAAAAUGAGUGCUAAGGAACAUAAGGGUUGCGAGAUAGAGGAUAUCGAGAAUUCGGAUGAAAGCGACAGACCUUCUGGAGAAAGGUGGGCGCCAGUCGGGGCGAACGAUUGCGACAAUGAUUUCGCCGAUGAGUAUAAAUAUGUAGAUAACAUGGAGAACUUAUCAUACGAUAUGGAGAGGCUGAAGGUGCUGGAGGAGGAACAGGAGUUGCUUAACUCAUCUCUCAUUGCAUUGACUACUCAUUUUGCCCAGGUUCAGUUUCGUUUAAGACAAAUUGUGGAUGCACCAACCAAUGAGAAGGAGGCAUUGCUCAAAGAGUUAGAAGAGUUUGCAUUUAGGGGAAUCCCUGAUGUUCCAAAUAAUUUGUCACUUGAUAGUAGAUCAAUCACUCCGACUUCUCCAGUGUCCUGCAAGCAAAGCAUAUCCGGUGUGAUUAAUGAUGUUGAUGUUGAAUCUAAAAUGGCUUUGCAAAGAACGAAGCAAAAAGAACUAAUAUGCCAACUGAAAUCUCAGUUGGAGGAUCUAGAGAAGUAUGCUUAUGAGACUGGUGAUGCAGACUUACCACAGAGCAUGAUAUUAGAACGGCAAAAUAUCAUAAUCAGUCACCUAAAAGAGAAAUUGAAUUUUAAUGUCGACGAGCUCUGCAAACUACCGGUUGACGAUUUAAGAUGGCAAGUAGAUUAUGCUAUAAGUCAGAUCGUUAGUCCUUUGAAAAUGAAGGAACAACUAGUAUCUCAAUUGAAGACACAAAUUACGGAUCUAGAGAGAUUUAUAAAUUAUCUUCAAGGGGAAGUUAGCACAGAGACCCUAGCGUGUACUUGUGCUUGUCCAGUACACACUAGUGGUUCAGCUACUUCUUCUUCUUCUUACGCUAGGAAUGCAUUUACGAAGAAACCAAUAGAGGAGGAAAAUGCAACAAAGACGAUUAACACUGUUAAGAAGGUGGUUGCUCUGUUGCACAUGUUCCUAAUGUCCCAGUUGGGAUGCGGCAGUGAAAGAGUGCGGCGGAACUUCAAGAAAAAUUCGAUGCACAAAUGGCGCGAUCUGAGAACCAGACUGGAUAUAGCUGUUGAGCAUGUUAUAGAAAUGAUCACAGAAGUUAAUUACCAUCCAGAUGACGACGACGCUGCUAACGAAAACGAUUACGCCUCGGAUUCUGACUCCUCAUCCAAUUGUAAUGCCAGAGUAACAUCUGCCGUAAGGAAGCAUUUAGCAACCUCCGUACGCGACUUAAUGCAGCAUGGAUUAAUGUCCGACGUGCGUUCCAAUAGUGUAGUUCCGUUCGUUGGAUGUUUUCCGCAAAGACACUCCUCUGCUACCAAUUUAAUGCACGCAUGGGAACUAAUAUUGAAAUAUUAUGAAAUUAAAAAUGGCCACCGUUACAAUUCUAGCCCGGCACAGAAAUUAUCACAAAGCUUUAAUCUAGAUCUCACAGGAAGAAUUGUAUCCUCCAAACAGAGCCUACUAACGACUAUCGGGAAUAUCAUUGCCUCGCACAGCCCGUACAAGAGAAGUUACGAUUCCCAUUUUAAAGCGUUCAUAUGUGCAUCCCUGAAUGCUAAGAAACUAGUGGCUUGGUUGAAACUGAUCUUGCAAUGCCAGUACCUUCUCGAGAAUCAUUAUGCAUCGUGGAGUUAUGUCGUAAAAACAGGUUUCCAAGAUGCGUUUCACACUCUCGAUCGUCUUACGAAUUAUAAGUUCGACCUACCAGUGGACCUGGCGGUAAGACAAUUCCAAAACAUAAAGGAUGCGUUUUGAUUGCGAAGCAAGAUGAUGUUCGUCAUUAUACGACUAUGGGUUAGUCAAUUUUAGUGAACAAAGUACACGGACAACGUAAACGAGAGUCAGUACAUUUUAACUUUUACGUUGACUUUACACGGAUCCAUUGUAUUUUAAAAGUAUUCUUUCGUGGCGAUCAUUCUUUUCUCUCAUUCUCUGAGCGAUCAUUAGUGGAAGAUUAUUAAACGCAAUAAUGUAGCUGUAAUAAUUUCGAGUAUCAGUAUUGCUGUGUUUAAUCCCCAGAGAGGGUCUGGGUUUUUAAUUACUCUAUUUUAAGAACGUCUCGCUCUGUGAGAUCUAAGAGGAAGGUAAUCUCUGAUGCCUGUGGAGACUUAACGACGAUACGUAUAGAGAUAUAUUGCGACUUUACAGCACAGGUAUAAAUGCAAUGCUGCCUGAUAUAAUAUGGACUGAUAACAUAUUACGUAGUUAUUUUGAGGUACAUUUUCGGAUACUGCACGUUCUCAAGAAACAAUAGACAUUUUCUUUGUACCAUUUAACGAGUAACGUUAAAUCGAUUUUAUAGAAUUGAGAACCGGGGUCAUCGCUGUGAUCAAAAUUAACUGAAAUUUCUUACUAAAUCUUCUCGCGAAAAACUGUUAAGAAAGUCACGUUACUCCUUAUUAGAUAUCGAACGAGAAACCAAAGACCAACAUUUCUUUUUAAUCAUUGAGAAGAAUAUUACUCUUUAGUUCUUAGUACCUCUUCGCAUGUUAAAGUUGAUGAGUUUGCGGUAACAUAUCAUCGAGACAGUAGUUAAAUCUUGUAACAUAUAAACAGUAUAUACCAUGCAUAAUCGUCGAUGUUGUAAUAUAUUGUCAACAUUUUAUCUUUGUUGUGUUUCAUAAAUCUAUAUCAUUGAUUUAUCUUCUCAUUUUCACGUUCACAUAUUGUAUAUGCGUUAAUAUAAAUGUGUAAGAUUCGGCUUUAGUUAGUCAUCACUGUUGAAAAAAAAGAAAAAAAAAGUGCAGAUCAUCGACUAAAUCUGUAUAAAACGUUANC